AUGAAGUUCCAACAUCUCCUUGUCUUCGCGGCCGGCGUCAUCGCCGCACCUGCCCCAGAGGAAGUUGCCAAGCCCGUUCCUGUCGAUAUUGGCGCUACAGUCCCGUCCCAUCUUCUCAUCUGCGCUGGAGCCUUUAUCGAGGUCUCGGAAAUCGACUGGGCAAUGAGGAACCGGAGGGACGAACUACAGCUCAAUGCCGGAUGGUGGGACGAGGUCCCCGUCGCCUGCCAGCCAAUCAAUGGUACACAUACUGCCCAACCGGUGUUUGGUAUUCGGUUCAUGUACAACCACACUCGAGACGAAAAGGUGAAGACAGAAGUGGAGGCAGUUUUUGUGCAAUGCAAGCCGCCGAACCACUGGAAUCUGACGUGCGACGACGUUUGA